AUGGCUGUGAACCGCCUCGUAGACUAUGGCGGCGGCCGGAUCACCGGCGGUUCGAUCAGUUACACGCGUUCCGAUGGCGCGUCGCUGGACCUUGCCUCGGCUGCCGAGAGUGAACUGGAACAGAUCCGUGGCCGCGAAAUCGGCAUGAUAUUUCAAGAGCCGAUGACAUCGCUCAACCCGGUGAUGACGAUCGGCGCGCAGAUUGAAGAGAUCUUCCGGCUUCAGCAGGGGCUGACCAGGGCAGAGGCAAGGGAAGCUGCGUGCAAGGCCCUGGAACGUGUGCGUAUACCCGAUGCCGCCCGGCGUCUUGGCGAUGCGCCGCAUCAGCUUUCCGGUGGCAUGCUUCAGCGCGUGAUGAUCGCGAUCGCGCUCGCCUCAAACCCACGGAUUCUGAUUGCGGAUGAACCGACAACCGCGCUUGAUGUGACAAUCCAGGCGCAGAUCAUGGGAUUGCUUUCCCAGAUGAAGCGCGAGACCGGGACGGGGAUGAUAUUCAUUACCCAUGACAUCGGCCUCGUCGCCGGUAUCGCUGACCGGAUCAUGGUCAUGCAAGAUGGCAAAGUGGUGGAGCAGGGACCACUCGACAAGAUCCUGGACAACCCGCAGCAUCCCUAUACCCGGCACCUCUUGAGCGCCGUUCCCCACUUUUCGGACGGCAAAUCGGUCCGGAGCGACAAAGCCUCUGCGGAUCGAGUGCUGAAGGUUGAAGAUCUGAGCGUCCGUUUUCCGGUUCGUACGGGCCUGUUCCGCAAGCACACAGGCAACAUCCACGCCGUCGAUCGAGUUUCGUUUGAGUUGAGGGCUGGCGAGACGCUUGGAAUUGUCGGCGAAUCCGGAUCUGGAAAAUCGACGACCGCGCGCGCCAUUCUAGACCUCGUCAAGCCGACCAGCGGCGUGACCCAGGUUGACCGUACUCGGAUUGGCGGCACCGAAAAACCGACACAAAUGGUGUUCCAGAAUCCAAAUGCCUCAUUGAAUCCACGUCUCACUGUCCAAAGUAUUCUUGCGGAACCCAUAACCGCUGUGGGGCGCCGUAUUGAUGAAGAGGCCAUCACCCGGAUGGAAUUACUGCUGAGCCGUGUCGGCUUGCCCGCCGACAGCCUCACGCGCUAUCCGCAUGAAUUUUCAGGUGGUCAAAGGCAACGGGUCUGCAUCGCCCGGGCACUCAUGCUGAAGCCUUCCGUUCUGGUACUGGACGAAGCGGUUUCGGCUCUCGAUGUCUCUAUCCAGGCGAAAGUGCUCGAUCUGUUGAUUGACCUGCAGCGGGAAUUCGGCCUGGCUUAUCUCUUCGUGACCCAUGACAUGGCCGUGGUCGAGCGCAUCGCGCACCGCAUUGCCGUGGUUUAUGCCGGAGAAAUCGUUGAAAUUGGCGAUGCCCGUGAGUUGCUGGCGAACCCGCGCCACAGAUACACUAGGCAGCUGAUCGAAGCCGUCCCUUCACUUGAACGCCGUCGUGCCGAAUACAGCAUCGAUUCCCGUGCGAUGCCUUCCCUGGUGCGCCCUAUUGGUUUUACACCCGAAGUGGAGGCAUGGCUGGGGGCAGGCGAAGAUCAUUUCUACCGGCAGGAGGCAUGA